UGUAGGGAGGAUGCAAACCUGUGGCUCGCUGUAAUUCCACAACCACACAAGCCUCAUCACCAUCUCCCGGGGAGAUUGAUUGCGUUCCAGCUGCUAAGAGUUCAGCUCAAAGCCACAUGAACCACAUCAGCUGCAUGCAGAUGAGAAAUUGAACAGUGCAAAGGAUUGUUGCAGUGACUCCGCCUGAUUCUGACCAAAAUUUUAAGAAGUAUAAGAAGUACUGGAUAAAGGCCAUCACAAUGAGUUCCCUUGAUGCAGCAAUAAAGACUGAAAAUAGAGAUGAUGAGAGUGAAAUGCAUGCUGAGUUGUGGCAAGAUGAAUCCAAAGAUCACAAGAGCAACAAAAACACCCGUGAGGUAGCGGAGAUCUGUGUUGUGAUUGGUGAGGAUGGGGCUCAACGUUGUUCUGAACAGGAUCAACCCAAUAAUCGAUCCAGUGACUUUAAUGGGCAGCCAGGGAAACCAAACCAAGUGAAUGACAGAGAAGAGAAUAUGGAGUGGAAACCACAACAGCAGGCUUCACUAAGGGCCUAUAUAUGUGGUGCCUGUGGGAAGAAGUACAAGUACUACAGCUGUUUCCGGGCACAUGUGAGAGCACACCUAGAAAAUGAAACUUCCUCUGCGUCAGCUGAGAGCUCCCCACAGACAAAGAAUUUUAGGUAUAUGUGUGACAUAUGCGGCAAGAAAUAUAAAUAUUACAGCUGUUUCCAAGAACACCGGGAUUUACAUGCAGUAGAUGAUCCUUAUGACCAUGCAGUUGAGACACCAGCAGAGGUGAAAACUGAACAAGUGGAAGAAACUGUCCGCAGCCCUGGAUCAAAAACAGGCAGCUACAUCUGUGAAUACUGUGGCAAACGUUACAAAUAUUAUACUCCCUACCAGGAACAUGUGGCUUUGCAUGCAUCUUCUGAUGCGGAGAGUCCUCUUGGCAAAAGAAAUGAAGCUAAACUGCCAAAUACAUGUGAAGAAAAUAACAGCUCACAGAAUUCUAGUGGAGGUACCAGUGUGCAGAAGUCAGGUCUGUCUUCUGUCAAAAAUGGCUCCACAUGUCAGAGCUGUGGAAAUGAACAUAAGCACUGCACCUGUUUAAGACAACAUGCACAUAAUAGCAGAGCAAGAGAGCAAUACACCUGUGGGGCAUGUGGAAUUCAGUUCCAGUUUUAUAACAAUCUAAUAGAGCACAUGCAUUCCCACACAGCUGAUAAUGAAAACAGCUUAGCGAUUAAACAAGUACAGACACCUCGCACUGCUGCUGCCACUACGUCUACUUCUACUUCUGCUACUGCUACUACUACUACAGCCGUUGCUGCUGCUUCUCCAGAGAAGAAGAAUGCACAUCGCCAGAGCAACUGCACAAAUGAUGUGAAUAGCUCAGUCCUUGAAAAAGAACGCCAACUAAUUGCUGAAAAGUUGCUCAGAGUGAUGUGUUCUGAUCUGAAUGCACUGACUGUGAUAAAUGGAAAAGACUUUGUCAAACUUGCGCAGACACUUGUUGAUGUUGGGGCCCGUUAUGGAUCCUUUCCUGUAGCUGACGUCCUUGGGGACAUGAAUACACUUGCUCUGAAACAUCUGCCCAGAAUGUACAACCAGGUGAAGGUAAAAGUCACGUGUGCACUUGGAAGCAAUGCAUGCUGGGGAAUAGGUGUCACCUGUCAUUGUCAGAAUGUUGGCUCGGAGUCAUACUACAUUCUAACAGCACAUCAGGUAGAGGGAUUGCAAAUGAAGAGGUAUGUCCUAGGCAUUAAAGAAGUAGAUGGCAAAGAAACUGGUGAGCAGGUUCACCAGUGGGUUUUGAAUGUACUUUCAGAAUUUGUCAUGUCAGAGAUGCGAACAAUUUACGUCACGGAUAGCAAAGUCAGUUCAGCCACACUGUUGAAAGCUGGAAUGUGUCUACGAUGUUCAGCUUGUGCAUUAAACUCAACAGUAAGGAGUGUACUUAAUGAAAGGACAUUACAGGCACAAAACAUGCCAGAAGUUACUGAACUUGUGAGUAAUUGUAUACAGUUAAUGAGCUCGCUGGAGCACGGUGCCGUCACUCCGGAGUUAUCCAGCCUUCUUGAAGGGCAGCAGGUCCCUUGUUGCUGGAAUUCUGUUGCAGAUUCUCUCCUCCUUGUACAUGAGAAGUAUGAGCAGUUACGAGAAUUAAUCAGUGGAAGGAAGGAACUCAAGCACCUCCAAAAUUGCAAUAAAAGUUUGUUGAGCAACCUUACAGCCAUUUUGGCUCCAGUAAAGCAGGCUGUAAUAGAACUGAGUUGUGAAAACAAACCAACAUUACAGCUUGUGCUCCCAACCUAUGUAAAGUUAGAGAAACUUUUCACUUCCAAAGCUAAUGAUGCUGGCACUGUAAGCAAACUGUGCCACCUUUUUCUGGAGUCUUUAAAGGAGAACUUUAAAGUGGAGACUGCCCACAAAGUAGCAAUGGUCCUUGACCCACAUCUGAAGCAUCUGAGGUCAGUGCCACACUACCAACAAGAGGAAGUAAUCAAUAGAGUUUGUGAAAUGAUCUCGGACAUUGGACAGUCUCGUGAAGAUGCCAUUGAGUUUGAACCUGCAAGAAAGAAAAUGUGUGGGAUUAAUGAAAACCUGAAAACAUCACCAAAGAAAGAGGUGAACCAGGAUGAUCGAAAAGAUGAAGUAUUUCAAUAUUUAAAGGAACCUGUGCCCAAUAAAACUGUAGAUCUGUUCAGUUACUGGUCGAAUGCCACUCAAAAGCAUCCUAAGUUAGCCAAACUUGCCUUUUGGCUUUUGGCUGUACCAGCUGUUGGUGCAAGAAGUGACUGUAUGAAUAAUUUUGGUGACACAUUUUCAGGAAAGCAAAAAGGGCAGCUGACACCUGAGGUGGUGAACAAACUAAUGUUUUUGAGAUCAAACUUGCAAUAGCUGCCUCUCUGUCUGACACAUUGGUGCUCUAAAGCAGAACUAAACCCAGGUGGUGAAGUCAGUUUUAUUACAUAACUUUUUCUUACUGUGAUAAUUUUUGUCUUAUUUCUGUGGUCAGGCCACGCUGUAUUUGUUAAGACGUUAUGGAUGAGCUGUCCCUGUUGGCUUACUGAGUUUAUUCAGUGAGUGGCUGGACCAUGCAGACCAGGAAUGGCCCAGAUUUGAUCCCUUGUCUGUGCUGAAGUAAUGAGAGAAUGAGCUGUAACUGCUUUUUGGGCCAUGUUACUAUUAAUCUAAAUAAGUAGUUAGAGCAAACUGAUCAUAAACAUGUUUUCCUGAACAAAGGAUUUAAGUUUAUUGGUUGCAUAAUUUGCAACAAAUUGGUUAAAUUUACAUUUUAAUUGAAGCCAUCAUGCUAAGAUUGGAGCAUGCAUUAAGUUACGGGAAAUCUGUGGCUUGUCCAUUUUGUGCUUCCAGCAACCACCAGGGUCAAAUCUGUGUGAUCUCUGUCUUUGUUACUGUUGUCUCUGACUAUACCCUGUUUAUAUGUACCAAAUGCGCAAAGAAGAAAAUAGUUCCGAUCAUAACUGUUAAAAAUAUAACCGAUAAUGAGAGACAAGAAAAUUGAUUCCCAGCCAAAGUUUGAGUCCUCCAUGGUUCUACACUCAGCCUGUGCUCUCCUGGCUUUGUAUUUUGACCAUUUUUAAUAUCGGCAGUUGUCUAAAAUUACAAUGUAUGCAGAUGGUGCUGUUGUAUAUUACUUGUCAAAAUCAGUGGAGCUAUUAUCUUCUACAUGAGAUAUGUCAGCUGUUUCAAAAGUGGUUAUCUGACAGUCAUUUAUAUAAUUAAAAUGUCAUGUUCUCUGAAUAGAAAGUUCCCAGACUAUGAAAUUUGAUGUCCAAAUUAGUGGAACUUGAUUUAAAUAGUAUUAAAUAUUUAUCUAGAUGAAACUAGAUGAAAGUCUGACUUUCAGAUAUCUGCUAAAUGUUUUGAAGAAAAAGAUUGCACCAAAGUAGCUCCUUCGAGAGACAUGUGAGGGACAUUGGAAAAAUACUGAACACUUGUUUCAUUUUAACUGGUUUUAUUUUAAACUAACAAAGCCAUAUACUCAAAAACCAAAUAUUAACAUACAACAAUCCAAAAAUACAUAGUGUAACAGUACUGUAACAAAAGUGACUUAAAACCUUGAACAUGAAACACAACAACCGACCAAAAAAAAAGCACAUGAGCAACUCGUGACCCCAACCUGAUUUUUGAGCAAUGCACCUGACUCUUGAAUCUAGGUAGAAGGUAGUAUCAAAACCAAUGCAAACUAACAGAUGGACCAGCAUACAUUCACCGUAGAUUGGUAUGUCUUUACUAAAUCCAAUAUAAAUGAAAAAAUUACAAUGACGUUCCUUAAUUUACCACAGUGGUUUUGAGCCACCCACACACCCCCACCCAAGGAGAUACUAAGAGCCCUUAAUAAGUCUGUCUUACACCAAGGCUAUUCAUCCUCUCAUUGACACUUGGUCCUUCUCCUUCCAAUGCUGCAUUACAACUCUUGUAAAGAUUUGUGUAAGCUGCUGUUAUCCUGACAAAAGGAAUCUUUUAAUAUUAACAAUAUUACCCAGUAGGAGAGUGCCAUUGUACCUAGAAGUCUCCAUUUGACAAUGUCUGUAUUAUUCAAAAGUACUUUCUAAUAACUCUUUGAACCUCAGAUAUUCUACCAAAUAUGGGAGAACGUACCCACUGACUAAUUACAUUCAUGAUGAAAGUAUUUGGUCAUUUACCCAGUUGUUCAAAGUCUGAUGUCCCAUAGAUUUUAUGAAUAACUUUGAACUGUAUUCAUAAUACUUGGAUCUAUCUAUUACAAAUAUACGGUCUGACAUUUAGUGUAUUCCUCGUAUGAAAUUUGUACAACAAAAUCCUUUAUCCAAAUUGUCCUAUGAUCUCUUGCUGUCACACAAAUUGUGUCAGACUUUUUCAAAGCAUAGAGAGAUGCAAAUAUUUUACUAUUUAGGAUAUGUAAAGUUCAGAUCUUAAAUGCAAGGGCGCUGUGUAGUCACAUUAGAACUCUAUGAAUAGGAAGUGAUAUUUAAGCUGGAUAUGUUCACAAGAGCACCACUUACUUUGAAUAAAUUGUUAUUAAUCCUGUGCAGCCUAAUCUUUAAAAUAGCCAGGCUUCUUGUUGAUCUGUAUAUAUGAAUUAAACUAGAAUGGUGACA